AUGGUAGCUUUUAUUGCCAUGGGCCGCAAAGCUACUGCACAUUUUGAUAAAACAAUGAACAUAGACAAUUUAUUUCGCAACAGAAGAAAAAAAAAAAAAAGAAAAGAAGAAGAAGAGGAAGAUUUAGAUAAUUUUGAUUGUCUUCCAGGUGCUUUUCUUCUCAUCUUCAACAAAUUGCAAGAGACCAAAUCUCUUACCAAAUGCCUUUUGGUCUCAGAGCGUUUCUCUUUCCUUGUUCCCUUCAACACCAUUUUUAUCUCAAUCCCAUCUGUCCAACACCUCUUCAAACCAAACACUGCUUCAUAUGUGAAUACUUUGAGACUUCUUGUCAAUAACUUGUUCCUCAAACCACUCAAAUGUUUCCAUCAAAUUACGAAUCCGAAGUCAGCAGCAACAAGGUCAUUUUAUAGUUCAUAUUAUCAGCCAAAUGGGGUUUUGAACAAUUUCAAGGAGAUAAAAUCAUUGCAUUUAGAGCUUCCAUCACACGGAGAGGAGUUGGGAUCAGGUAGUGGAGCUUCUUUCCUUAAAUGGAAAGCAGCGCUUGAGAGCUACUUAAAGAGUUGCAUUAUUCUUGGAGCAACAUCUUUUGAAAGAAGCAACAAGUUUUCAUCAAGUUUUUGCUACCAACAAAAUGCGAGGGAGUGCAUAGAGGAAACAUUAACCGAUUAUGAGCUGAACCUACGAGUUAUAUGGACUAUACCUUGCUUGAUUUGUUCUUCAACAAGGCAUUAUUUAUUCAAGCAAAUUUUACUUGACCAUCCAAUUCCAAUGCUUCAUAGAGUGCAGAUUUCUGAUGCAUAUAAGAAAGGGAAGUUUUAUUUUGGAAAACAAGGGCUCGUUGACAUGAGGAAUUCCAUGAAUUCACAACAAGAAAUAUUGGAAUCAUCAUCAUUGGAGAGGACUCCGGCUCUAGAAUUAAGCAUAAGGCUGUGGUACUUGCCAAUGCUAUAGUUGCCGUAGUCAGGGUAUUUGACAAGAGGUGCAACCCCUUUCCUUAUCAGACCUGUUGAGGGGCCGAUUGAAAAGAAUAGGGGUAAUUUAUUGGUGGGAAGCUUGGAUUUGGAGGGAGAUGGGAAUGAAUUUAGUGAAGCUGUUAGGGAGAUGAUCGAAGUGAAGAAGAGUUAUUUGAUGAAAAUGAGUUCCUUUUGA